AUGACACAAUCAAACUUCACCCCCGCCCUCCUAGCGGGCGCCCUCGCUGGUACUACAGUCGACCUCACCCUCUUUCCCCUUGAUACCUUGAAAACUCGCCUUCAGUCUUCUGCUGGUUUCAUUGCCUCUGGUGGCUUUACUGGAGUAUAUCGAGGAGUCGGCUCUGCCAUAAUUGGCUCCGCGCCCGGAGCUGCAUUGUUCUUCUGUACAUACGAAGCUACAAAGGCUGCACUUGCGCGGCGACAAGAUGUUUUAGAUGCCAACAUACCUGGAAGUCGCGGGAGGGGAAGGGCAAUAGAACAUAUGGUUGCAGCGAGUCUGGGAGAGGUGGCCGCUUGUGCUGUUCGUGUGCCUACGGAGGUGGUCAAGCAAAGGGCACAGGCGGGGCAAUAUUCCAGUUCUUCACUCACGCUCAAGGCAAUUCUGGGACAGCGCAAACAUAUUGGAGUAAUAGGCGUAUGGAUGGAACUCUAUCGCGGCUGGAGUGUUACAAUAAUGCGUGAAGUGCCAUUUACGAUUAUACAAUUCCCUCUUUGGGAAGCCAUGAAGUCAUACAGGCAGAGGGGAAGUGGAAGGGAUACUGUGAGCGCAGUAGAGAGCGGGAUUAUGGGAAGUCUUGCGGGUGCUGUAGCGGCUGCGGCUACGACUCCGUUGGAUGUGUUGAAGACGAGGAUGAUGUUGGAGAAAAAGAAAAAGCCGACGAGCGUUUUGUUGAAGGAGAUUAUAGCUACGGGUGGUCCAAAGGCAUUCUUCGCAGGGAUAGGUCCAAGAGUAAUGUGGAUUAGUAUUGGUGGAGCAAUAUUCUUGGGUAGCUACCAAUGGGCAUACAAUGAGCUGGCUGCAGAAGGCAAGGAGUGA